GUGGAAAAGAGUAAGGAAAGAGAGUACGUAUUCUACGUUAUUUAAGUCUAGAAAUCCCCGUGAAUCAUCGGUAUAGGUCAAGUGCUGUGCCUCUAUGCUGACGGACUACAUUACCCAUAAACCCGUGACACCCCCGUGAUCGAGGGCGCACAGCAGUUACGUUGGUGCGUGUUGUAGCUGAGCACAGCAGGCGUGAUUCGGCACAAGGCUUCUGUAGCAGCGCAUUACGGGGAUCUUUAAACUACUCCGGUCUUGUUUCCCGUCCAGCGGCGCCUUCAUAAACCUUACGGAUCCUCCAGUACUACGGUUUUCCGCGGGGAGAAUGGAGACGUAUUUGCGGAGCUGUCGCGGCGCGCUGCAGGGUCACAUGAAGAACAGCUCGGGGUUGCUCCAUGUGGUGCUGGGGAAUGAAGCGUGUGAUAUGGACUCCAUGGUAUCAGCCCUCACCUUUGCCUAUUUUCUGUCAAAGACACUGGAGUCUGGGAAAGCAGCAGUGCCUGUCCUGAACAUCCCACGAGCGGAGUUCCCCUUGCGCUCUGACAGCAUUUUCCUACUGAGAGAGACUGGAUUAUCCCAGGACUACCUUUUGUUCAGGGAUGAGGUGGAUCUCCAUGGUUUGCAGCAGCUGGCCAUUACGUUAGUGGACCACAACGUUUUGCCUGAAGCGGACUGUGCAUUAGAGAAAGCUGUGGUGGAGGUCAUUGACCAUCAUCGACUGGAGAGGGCCCCCUCUCCCAGUUGCUCUGUUACCGUGGAGACUGUGGGCUCCUGCGCCACCCUGGUGACCGAGCGCAUUGUCCAGAAGACACCUGAGGUGUUGGACCAACAGGUGGCACAGCUCUUAUAUGGUACUAUUAUCACUGACUGUAUUAAUAUGGCACCCGAGGCAGGAAAAGUCACUCCGAAGGACAGCCAGUAUGCCAUUCUUCUAGAGACACGCUUCCCUAAGCUCCCUCCUAGGAGCAUCCUGUUCCAGUCUCUGCAGAAUGCCAAGUUUGAUGUGUCAGGCCUCACCACAGAGCAGAUGAUGUUAAAGGACAUGAAAGCCAUAUCAGGUGGAGAUUUGAGGCUGGCUAUCAGUGUUAUCUACAUGACUCUUGAGUCUUUCCUACAGAGACAGCGUCUACAGCAGGAGCUUUGCGAGUUCUGUCACAAGCACAGCUACAACCUGGUGGUGGCCAUGACCAUCUCGUUCAUCAACGAUAAGGAGCCUUUCAGACAGCUUGCAGUUUACAGCUCCAGCACACUCUACAGGGAUGAGGUUAGCAAAGCACUGGAAAAAGCCAGAAAUCCCAAUCUUGAUCUCAGUCCAAUGAGCAGUCCCUAUCCAGACGUGAAGGCCUAUGUUCAGGGUAACACACUGGCCUCUCGCAAGAAGGUAUUACCCAUCAUUUUAGACUUCCUUAAAGACAGGGAGAGGAAAAUGGCGCAGAGUGGAAACCUGGAAGACCUGGAACUGGAAGAUGAGUGCAUACAAGAUCCGAGUGACUCUCAGCAGUGCUGUGAGGAUUCUGCCCUAGAAGAGGACUCCGGUGUCCCUCCUACCCCUAUGAACAGUCUGGUUGAGGGUUGUCCUUUGGACAAUGGCCUUCCCAAGAUCAAUGCAGAGGUGCUAGUGGAAAAAGUCAGCAAGAUAGCGAGUGAAGAGGACAGGCCUUUUGACGGACAAUGACGCCACACCCACUGUGCCGCUGACCCCCACAUCCUCUAAGGAUUUUAACCAUUGGUAAAACCAGUCUUUCUUCUUGUUCGAGUAUGCACUGCGUAUACAGAACCACAGGGCACAAAACACACAAAAAGGCUUCUAUCUGUUCUGGAAAACUGACUGAGGUUCCUUGGAAAAGUACACUUUCCUGGUGUUUCCUGGUGUACGUGAAGGACAGAAACCUGCUAGUACAUGUGUUCAACAUUUGGACAUACUUAUUUUCAGAAUUAUUUAUAUUGCAAUGUUUCUGUAAUGAGAGUUUUAUUUGUAUUAUCUUUUGGCCCAGUUGGUCAUGCCUUGGACUCCUUAGCACACGAUAGUCUGCAAAUUGAUAACAUCCUUUGCUCAGGUCCUCUUCCUCAUUAGCAACCAGUUAUGACUAGAAAAAGCAGCUAAAUAAGAGGAGGAUAAUGGUACAAAUAGGUUGACUAGACAAGAUGCAAGGUGCCAUUACCACUGAUGGCACUGAAGAAUUUUAUUUUGAUGUGGUAAAGUGCUCUCAUUUAAGCUGUAUGUGAUGGGUCACGUCUUUGACAUUUUCAAUGCACAUCUUUCAUAAUAUGCCUUUUCCUUCAGAAUAGCUAAACACACACGUGAUUAAAAAGAAAUGCGUUUCUAAGUGAUAUGUGAUUUGAGCAUUAGGCCUGCUGCCGCAGCCAUAGUGCAUCAAGGAAAGAAGUGGCUCUGUUGAAUCUUAUGGGCCAUUUUCAGAUACAUCAUUUAAGGACAGUGUUUCAGGAUGUAUUUUCUUUUGGACGUGACUUUCUUAAAUUUCUCAUAGCACAGACUGUAGAAAUAUGUAGCAGUAUUGAUGCCAGAGUUGCCAUUAUUCAUUCCACAGCUACUUCUUCAGCACAGCAGACUAGAAGGGCAAUAUAUUGUAGACUGUGUUACAUUCAGCUGUAUUUAGUAGGGUAACUAAUUUAGGGCUGUAGCAUGGACAGUUUUGUCGUUCAUUAAUCUAAAGCUGAUUUAAGUGAAGAAGUUUGCCUUUGUACAUUUACAUUUCUUGGCACACAUCGCACAUCAGUGCAUGAUGGAUAUUCACAUUGCUUCAGAUAAUUCAUAUUUUCUGAUUGAUACUAAUGGCAGAUCCUGGCCAGUGUAAUAGCUGUUCAUUUCCAUAAUUGCUUUCCACAAAUGAAGUAUGAGUUCCAGUUUGAAGUUGCCGGAAGUUUUAAAAGAGCAUCAAGUAGUAAUUUGUUGUACAUGUUGCCAGGUUUAUCUAUAAUAUAAUUUUUUUUUAAAUCUCUCCUGAGAGGCUGUAGCCAGAUAAUUGUAUAAAUAAUGAAUAAUUAGUAAAUUACUAAUUAAGUAAGUAAGUAUCAUGCAGAAUUUAUCUGUACCAAAACAGACACCAAUCAAUACCAAUUCCUGAAUGAAGGUUUUUCUGUACUUUCUUUUAAAGCUGCACUAUGUAGGAUUUGGGGAUUUGGAGACUGCUCUGGUGGAAAUGUGUAAUUGCACAUGAAGUUUGACCAGAUAUUUAGAUUUCAAAGAUGUAUGACAUGAGCUGAAAAACUUCUGCAAAAUCCAACUUGACAUCUCUGACUCUUAAAUUGCUAUUUCACAUGCAUAUGGUACGUAAUAUAGACAGCUAAUCAGCAGUCUAGAUUUUGGAGUAAGCAUGCUUAAGGAUGCUGUUAAGACUUACUAGUUAGGUACUAAAAUUUGGUAUUGGAUUUUUUUGGAAUUUUUUGAUACUCAUAAGUGAUGUGGGGUCGGUACCAUAAACAUACUGAAUUUCAAUACCCAGCACUGUUAGUAAAUGGCGAUACUUUGAUGCGAUGGGUCAUUUUAUAAUCGCUUGCAUGUGUGGCGGAUGUAAACUUAUUGAGAAUCACCUGCAUCCGUGAGGCUAUAAAGAGAUUUUACUGUUAAAUACCAAAGAGUUAUAAUGCAAGCUUCAGCCUUUCCUCUGUGACGGGGCUUUGCAGAUCAGCAUGUGCUACAUAGCUUUAUUAUGUUUUCUUCUUCUAGGAUUAUUUUUUAUGUUAAUUCAAAUAUUUGCGGAACUAAUUUUUGCUUGUUUGUUUGCUUGCAAUGUUAAUGUAGCAUUUGGAAGGAAAUGCAUUCAUGGACUUUUUAUUUAUUUUUUUAUUUGUUUUGAACUGACAUAAAAUAACUAACAAGUAUUACUAGCAUGCCAAAAAUUAUAUAUUGCUUCUGACAUAAUCAAAAGGAAUUAGAUUCUGCUAUUGAUUGUGUAGAGUAGUUCUGUUUGAAGACAAAUGUGUUGGUGACAAGUCACUCAUUGUGGUACUGGCAACUCUUUGUGGGGGGGAUUUGGAUUUUUUAUUUAAAUGAUAAAGGGUUCAUAGUGUAAAGUGUUUAAGUAAUAUCUGUCAUGCAGUUUUGCAGAAAUGUGUUGAGACGUCAGUAAGAGUUGUGUUUUCAUAGUCGUAGAGGUAAAACUUAAACUGUUUCACAGGAUAAUUGUAAUUUAAUCACUGUGAAUUACUCCUUUGACGUUUUAUAAAAGACUUAAAGAAGACAAGGAGCUACAUCUGUGUGUGUGUUUUGAUCAGUUAAAACCUUUUACUUUAAUGUAUAUAUGCUAGGUUCUCUCUGGGCUGUUCUUUUUUUUUCUAGGUUAAGUAAGACUGGACAUGGCAAGAAUGUAGCUCAGCGGUCAGACAGAUAUCAGCCAAGACAGAACUGUGUAUUACACAUAUAAAACCAUGCUAGACUAUUUCUGAUCAGAAUGAAAUGAACUGAAUGAUUCAUAUAAAGUGUGAUUUAAGUAAAGCUGGACAAUCAAGAGCACAUCCUUCUCUGUGUUUGUGCUCCCUGUUCAUUUUGAUUUAAAGUUCCCUUGAAAAUUUGUAAUGUGGCUUAAUUGUUACAAAUAAAAAAACCCAAUUGUU